AUGCAUCGUGCUUUGCUAGUCUCAGAAAUACUCGUGCAGAUAUUCGACAAUUUGAGUCAACCCCCGAUUUCAGAAAUAUUGGACACCUGGCUUCCAUCAUCGACAGGAAAAUCCCUUGCAUCGCUCGCAUUGACAUGCACAACCUUUCACGAGCUUGCCAUGGAUUUGCUUUGGUGUAACAUGCUUGGGUUAAGACCACUGUUAGGCUGUGUGACCAGGUUACAUUCAGUGGUAUAUGAUUCCGAGUCCGUGUAUGACCGUGACUGGUCCGAGGACGUUGACCCAUUAGUCGAGCACGAGUUCCAUCAAUUUUUGCGCCAUUCCGCUCGUGUGCGCAAUAUAUCCAUAUCAGCCACCAAAUUUCUUCACCUUCUUACGACCCUUCCCAUCGAGACAUGUGUGUUUCCGAAUCUGCGGUCGUUAUCCUGGUUGGUUCAAUGCACGGAAAUAGGAGACUUGCGCUUUUUCCUGCCCCCAACGUUGCGCAGUUGUUAUCAUAUAUCCGAGGAACUCCAAUUAGAUAUGAAAUAUAUUGGGGCACGCUGUCCUGAUAUGGAGGAGUUUACCGUCUAUGGGGGUAGCGGCGGGGUGCGACUCUCUGAAACCCUUCGUUCAUGCAAGAGGCUCAAACAUCUGCAAUAUCCGCCGUUCGACUCGACAGCAUGGAUGCACCUUUCUACCAUCCCCACCCUUCUCGAGGUGAAUAUUUUCACAUCACGCAUGAUUCAUUACCCCGGGCCCUUGGACAAUCUCGAUUUUGCAACUUUCCUUCACCUCACGACUCUUUCGCUCUCAGGUGGAAUAGAAGCGGCAUCCGUUGUCGCAAUCAUACAACAUUUCAAAUUCCCUUCGCUAAAGAAGUUCAAGGUGCAUGUCCGUGUUUUACCUUGGGCAGAGGCUGAGCAACUUUUCCGUGCACUGUCACUGUGUAAAGCAUCCUGGCAGACCCUUGAACACAUCAUUAUUUCUUCCCGCAAUAAAACUCAGGAGCACACAAGCGACUCGUUGACGGCAGUCAGACAGUUUUUCUGCUUCAAGGAACUGCGAACGCUGAGGAUAUAUGUUCAUCGCCCCAUCUACCUUGACGAUGACCUUCUUUUUGAAGCCAUGACAACUUGGCCGCAUAUUCGGCUGGCAUCCUUCUCCAACUACCAUUACAUUUCGCGGUUGCAAGAGCUGCAAGUAUUGGUCGACGCUCGGAAUAUCGAUAUCGCGCCUGAAGUCGAGUCGUUCCAACAUACUUCCCUGAGAAAUCUGGCCGUAGACUCGUGUGAGCUCGAAGCCGUGAAUGUUGAAGCUGUUGCUCGCAUCAUUUACUCCAUGCUUCCCGCCGUCAGCCAAGUUAUAUAUUCAGAUGACGGCGUACCACGAUCGUUGCACAACGUCAACAAGCAUCUCGAUUUGCUUAGAAACAAACCGUCCUCGGCGCCUGACCAGUGACCACUGCAUCACAGAAGCAGCGCUAGCCCUGAGCUAAGAAUGAGGAAGUCGCGCCACCAAUAAGCAAGACAUGUCUCUGGCUCAUCCAGCUGUACUCAUUUUCUCGAUAUAUGGAACUUCAUUUGUACUUUAUGCAAGUAUUUUCGACUCAUCUGUAUGAUCUAAAUCAAAUACUUCAACCGAG